CUUUUAUAAUUGGCUUAUUUACUUGUCAAUAAAACAUAAAUCAUCGAAGCUGAAAAGAAAGAACAAAAACCACAGAAAACAUAACAAUUUCUCGAAAAGUUUGGUCUGCACGCUUCCUUAAUUCCAUCGCCGUUUGGUUUAUAAUCAAGUCCCCAUACGGCUUAUUACGGUGAGAAGAGUAUUAUCGCACACUUCACUUUUAUCAGCAGACACCAACUGAAACAAAACUCGGCACAAUGUCGAUACUGGAUCGUUUUCGGCAGUCCUACUGGUUCGAAACUAUUCCACGGAGAACCAUCCUUGCGACGGUGGUGGCAUCCCUGCUGUUCUUCUCCGGAUGGUGGAUCAUCAUCGAUACGGCAUCAGUUUAUCCGAAAUCGUUCAACUUUUCCUACUACAUCUGCGGUAUACUAGCGACGAUAAGCUUCAUCAUGGUGAAUGCUAUAUCAAACGAUAUGCUACACGCCGAAGGGGCUUAUACUGGCGGUGUGCUGGGCAAUAGUGGCAUUAAAGUAUUUCUGUUCGCUGGAUUUGUGCUCGGCUUUACCUCGAUCAUUGCUGCCAUCUGGAUCAUGAUUGCCGAGUUUGCGGUCAACGAAUCACAGACCGACAAAUACCCGGGAUACGUACUUCUCAUGCACAAUAUUUUCAUUUUCUUAUCGUCCUUGAUUUACAAGUUUGGUCCACCGUCGGAGAACGAAUAUCUAAAUGGCUACUAGGGUGGCCUAUGUUCGGACCGCUCUUAGUACUAUAUUCGUAAUUCAUCAUACCAUCAACGACUGGGUAAACCGUAUUUUACUUAAUGAUCCCCUUAAAACCUCCAACGGUCGGCGUAAUUUAAUGGUGAUUUCGAAUUAAAACUGUUUCGACCGCAUAGUUCCGACAUGGCUUACAUUUGACAUGGUAAGACAAAGACCGAUGUUUUGAUUACGUUUUAAAGCAGCUUCAUGAUAAGUAUGUCCUCGAAUGUCUUAUCGCUAGAAAGCAAUCGUACGAAUCGUACGUGCUGAUUUGUGUGAUCCCGGCCGGAGUGGAGCUGCAGCGAGAGAAUGCUACACAAAAAGAAAAUAAAAAUGAUGAGUCGCUCUUUUAUGUAAAAAAAAUAUAUUCCCCUUCCCCCAAACUAAUCUACCCGAACAAAUAAGUGUAAACAAUAAACAAGUAUCAUUUAUUUAUAUAUAUACUCAAA